AAGCAACCACCGCUCCUACUGCUGCCACAACACGGGCACUACACUGUAAGACACGUUAAAGGAAUGCGCACCUAAAUAAAGAUGCACGAACCGAGCUAAUGCGGCGUGCUGUUGUGAUAGAAAGGUAUUCCUGUCACUGAGUCCGGAACUAGCCAUUCCCUCCUUUUAACCCAGGACAAACCCCGCCUUCGCCGGGCUGCCAUAGGCGAGCCAGCACGUUUCCUCGGUCCGUCGGUUUCAGCUACAUCGCUGAGCCGGUGGUGUGUCGGGGCUUCAGCGCCGUUGAAAACUCGGUAUGAUGGCUAAACUGGAACGUAAACAAUGAGGUUCGUCUUCGCGGUAAAUACAGGGUUUCUUCCUUUUUACUACAGCCUUCCGGAGAAAAUGUCCAGGACAUCCUGCUCAGGUUCAACCUGACACUGACAGUCGCUGCCUCGGCCACCGCACUUUUACCGGACUGCCGCGGGACACUGGGAAUGAAUGACUUCUUCGGGAAAGCUAUAACUGUGGAUCCUCCUCAUCAUUUUACCUCAAAUUAAUGUGCUUAAAAUGAACCUGGGCUGACCCGGCAUCCACUUCGCUCAAGAUGUCCUCCACCACUUUAUCAGAGGUCAGUCAAACUCCCCUGAAGGACCUGCCAGUGGACAGCUGGAUGAGCCAUCUUCCAAAUGCUCUGUGGGAUAUCCCUCUGUUUAAUUUGACCAUUCCAGGAAGUCACAAUGCUAUCACUUACUGUUUGGACAAAAAUGACCGCUCCCCAGUUGACCUCACACAGCCAGACAUGCUGCAGAAGCUAGACAAGUACAUGAAGCCCAUCAUACGGCCGUUUGUUUACAAGUGGGCAAUAACACAGGAGCGCAGUGUGCGUGAGCAGUUGGAUUGCGGCGUGAGGUACUGUGACCUAAGGAUAGCACAUCGGCCCAAUGACAGCUCCUCGGACCUCUACUUUUACCAUGGGGUUUAUACCACUGUUACUGUUGAGACAGUACUGAAGGAAAUCAAGGCAUGGCUGGAUGCUCAUCCCAAAGAGGUAGUCAUCCUGUCUUUCAGCCAUUUCCUGGGCCUCAGUCAAGAGCUCCAUACGCUGCUUAUCUCCACCAUAAAGAAUGUUUUUGACUCAAAGCUGUGCCCUAAAACGGAAGGUGUUACAUUGAAGAAUUUGUGGAGUUUGGGUUACCAGCUCAUUGUCUCAUAUGACAACCAUGCAGCAAAUUGCCACAGAGAGUUGUGGUCUCAUAUCCCUUACUGGUGGGCCAACAAAUGCAAAGCAGAAGCCCUGAUCGAGGAGUUUGAACGCAGAAAAAAUAAUGGUCGCCCAGGGGGGUUCUUUGUGACUGGGAUUAAUCUCACUGAAGACCUGAAGUACAUCUGUUCGCAUCCCACAGAAUCACUGAAGGACCUGGUGAUGUCCACCUACCCCACCUUGCUCAGCUGGGUCAGGGAGCAGAAGCCUGGCUCCAACGCUGGCUCUCUCAAUAUCAUAGCAGCGGAUUUUGUUACUGAAAGCCAGUUCAUACCAACUGUCAUAGCACUGAAUGAAAACCUGCUCAGUAGGAGCACAUGAUGAUGAUGGUUGUGAAGUAGCUGUAGCACAACAUUUGGCGCAUGCCACACAGGUUAUUGCUUUCUGAAUAGACCUUUAGAUUGUUGCUGGGACUUGUUAAUUGUGAUGAAUAUUUUUUUCAGUUGUGGGAUAGGAUGAUGCAAUGCACUAAUUUUUAAGCCUUUGGUGUUAACUUCUUAAUCUUACUGUUGCACUGUCUUUAUUCUAAGCUCUUAUUAUGGCAAUAUUUAUUAGGGAUUUUUAAGGGCAUGUUAAGUAGAAGUGUCUUGACAGAAUAUUACAUGGAAUUAGCCUUCUCUGUAGAGGAAUUCCAUUCUAAAAAUCUGUCAGUGACAUGCACAGAUUCCUUUCGCAUACACUUGGUGAUCUGAUUUCUGGACCUUUUAGGUCAUUGGUCCGCUCCAAACUCUAAACCUGACCCCUGGUAUAAUAGGGAAAAUCUUACAAAACUCUCAUUUUUUUGUAUUGUGAAACAGACUCCUUUGCAGACACUCUGGGCAAAACAGUUUUAUGUGCAAAAGAGCCCUGUGAUCAGUGAGAGAAAAUGAAUGGAAAAAGGCAAAAACAGUUAUACAGAAUGAUUUGUAGAUGGAAUUGGCCUUUACUGGUGGUAUAUAAGGAAUAUUACUUGGGUACAAAGGGGGUAAAUGCUCAUGACAAUCUAUGAGCGGAAAUACUUUUUUUCUGCUGUUGUCAGAAACGCGGUCAAUUGUUUAUCUCUUUUAUCUCUUAUAUAAGGACAAGCCGUGUGGGUGGUCAUAUGAUAGGUAGUCAACCAGUAAUAUGCAACAUAAUGUUAUUAUUGAACUGGUGUCAAAUAUGUAAUAUUACUGAGGCCCAGGUUUACAGAAAAAAAAACAUUAGUCUAAAGCACAAUAUUAGAUAUGGCAUGCACUUCAUAAAGCACAAUAAACUGAACAUAGUAACAGAGUUUCAUAAUUUCAGUAUCACGUCUGCACAAAUGUGUAGCCUAAUUAACAGCAAGCUCUAGUUCCCAGUAUAUUAAUUAAUAUUUGGAGGACAUGAUCAUAAUUAAUAUACCUCUGCAUGAUUUCUUACAACCCAAAGCAUGAACACUGUUACUCCCCUACAAACGUUCUUUGCACAACAGAUAAUUGAUCAUGCAUGUCCUUUAUCCAUGUUCAUUGGCCCUUUUGGAAAACAUGCACUGGAAUGAAUGAUUACUAUAUUAAAUGCACAUACAUGGUACGCUGUUGAAUGUUUGAAAAGGUUUGAAAUAAAGGGAACUUGAUUGAA